GCUGCUCUGUCCUCCUUUUCCUCUCAUUCAUCCUGAAACAAUUGCUGCAUUUCUCUUGCUCACUGUCCCACUGUCUCUGUUCUCUCACUUUCUUUUUCAAGAAAAGAAGAUAACUUUCUUUUUGUUUAUUACUGAGCACAGUAAUUGUCUCUCCUUCUCCGUGACCACUAACUAACUGAAUCUCCAUUGGAUCAACACUGUACAAGCUGGAUUUGUCUGUGAGUCACAGGGACUCUGCUCAGUGAAAUAACCCAAAUCCUCUCCUGAGCGACGGUCGCUUGACUCUUCCACGGCAACUGUGUAACUAUGGAGUGCAGGCAUGGGGCAGAAAUUGGGCAAAAAACAAACAGUGUGUUGUCAUCAGAGAGAGGCCACUGAGGAGUAAUUUAGAAGUGGAGAGAAAAAGAAGAGGAGGGAAGUUUGUGGAUAAAACUUUACAUCUCUGGGGAUCUUUCUGGACUUGUGCAACUGUGGAUAACAGGAACAGAUUGAGAAGACAAGACUUUACAAAGAAGAAACUCUCAGAAGGAUGGCAAAUUUUUUACGUUUUCCCUGUUGGUGUGUUUUCUGUAUUAUCUUCACACUCUGUACAAAGAGUCAACAGACCAGAAAAUUGGCCUUUUUGAGGAUUUCUGCUGUUACUCCUCUGGAAGUAACUGUUGGCUAACGAAGCUGUUGACAAAAGUUGGAGACAAAGAUUUCUGCCUUGGAGACAGAGUGCGUGUGUGUGUGUGUGUGUGUGUUAGUGUUUGGGUUAUGUGAGCGUGUUUUUGCAGUUGUGUCAGGACCUUGGUGUGUGUGUGUGUGUGUUUAUUUAUGUAACUUCUGCACACGAAAGGUUUAGUGUGUGUGAUGCGUGGUUGUGGGACCGCUAGCUGUCUAUCCGUCCUCGGUACAGGCAGACACAGGGAGGGACAGACAUGUGUUUCCAUGGUGAUGAACGGCUGUAGCCCCUUCCCAAUGUGUUGGGAUAGAGAAUAUGACAGACACCUAGCAGUGUCAGCAGUGUCAGCAGGGAAAACCAUGGCGACAGCCUACCUGGACCCCAACCUGAACCAUGCCCUCCUGGGAGGCGCCAAGUCACGGCUGAGCGCGGGGGUGGCGGACCGAACCAUGGCCGGCUCCGUGGACAGGGUUCUUAAAGUCUUCCAUCACUUUGAGACCAACACAGAACACAGCUGCUGGUCCUCCAAUAUCAGAUAUGGAGAUGCAACCGAUGUCAGGGGAAUCAUCCAGAAGAUACUGGACAUCCACAAAGUGCGCUGGACGUCUUGUUUUGGCCUUCGUCUCAGCAACAGCCAAUCCAGAGACCAGGUGCACUGGCUCCACCCCGAUAUGGGCGUGUCCCACGUCAGAGAGAAUUAUGAACAGGCACGACCAAACGAGGAGUGGAGGUAUGAGUUAAGGAUCCGGUAUCUUCCAAAGGGCUUUGUGCAGCAGUUUACAGAAGACAAACCUACACUCAACUACUUCUACCACCAGGUGAAGAAUGACUACAUGACAGAGAUUGGGGAUCAGGUGGAACAAGAUAUAGCUCUCAAACUGGGCUGUCUAGAAAUCAGGAGGUUCUUCAAAGAGAUGAGAGGAAACGCCCUGGACAAGAAAUCCAACUAUGAACUACUGGAGAAAGACGUUGGUUUGAGGCGUUUUUUCCCAAAAGACCUGUUGGAUUCAGUCAAGGCUAAAACUCUCCGUAAGUUGAUUCAGCAGACGUUUAAGCAGGUAGCCAAUCUAAACGAUGAGCAGUGCAUCCUGAAGUUCUUGGAGAUACUUGCACCAAUCUACCGCUAUGACAAGGAGUGCUUCAAAUGUGCCCUCGGGUCCAGCUGGGUGAUCCAGGUGGAGUUAGCUAUCGGGCCAGAGGAAGGGAUCAGCUACCUCACUGACAAGGGAUCCACGCCCACCCAUCUUGCUAACUUCAACCAAGUUCAGUCCAUCCAGUACUCUGCUAUGGAGGAGAAGGACAGGAAAGGGAUGCUACAGCUCAAAGUAGCCGGAGCUGCUGAGCCUCUCACUGUUACAACAGCAUCACUGACCAUGGCGGAGAACUUGGCUGACUUGAUUGACGGUUAUUGUCGGCUCAUCUCCAUGGAAACUCAUUCCUUGAUCGUCAGAGUUCAGAAAGAGGGGGAGAGAGCACUGCCUUCCAUCCCAAAAGUGUCCAAUAAUGAGAAAAAGUUAGAAGCAGUCAGGAGUGGAGUAAGAGCUAUCUCUGUCUCAGAAGAUCUUAGCGGGGAUGAGACUGAUGACUAUGCCGAGAUAGUUGAUGAAGAGGACACAUACACCAUGCCCUCCAUCAGCUAUGGAGUAGUUGAAGCGCGGGAUUAUGAGAUCCAGAGGGACAGGAUAGAGUUAGGCCGCUGCAUAGGAGAGGGUCAGUUUGGAGAUGUACACCAAGGAGUCUAUAACAGCCCGGACAAACCAGCUCUACCUGUCGCCAUUAAGACCUGUAAGAACUGUACAUCAGACAGCGUCAGAGAAAAGUUCCUACAAGAAGCAUUGACAAUGCGUCAGUUCGACCACCCUCACAUCGUUAAGCUGAUCGGAGUGAUUACAGAAAACCCUGUGUGGAUCAUCAUGGAGCUCUGUACUCUCGGAGAGUUGCGCUCAUUCCUUCAGGUGAGGAAGUACAAUUUGGAUUUGGCCACUCUUAUACUGUUUGCCUACCAGCUCAGCACAGCACUGGCAUAUCUGGAGAGUAAACGCUUUGUACACAGGGACAUAGCAGCACGCAAUGUGUUGGUCUCUUCAGUCGACUGUGUGAUGCUUGGAGACUUUGGUCUGUCGCGAUACAUGGAGGACAGCUCUUACUACAAAGCUUCUAAAGGUAAACUUCCAAUCAAAUGGAUGGCUCCUGAAUCUAUCAACUUCAGAAGAUUCACCUCUGCCAGUGAUGUCUGGAUGUUUGGUGUGUGUAUGUGGGAGAUUUUGAUGUUCGGCAUCAAGCCUUUCCAGGGAGUGAAGAACAAUGACGUGAUUGGCAGGAUAGAGAACGGCGAGCGAUUGGCUAUGCCUCCUCAGUGCCCGCCCACCCUCUACAGUUUGAUGACCAAAUGUUGGUCGUAUGACCCCAGCAAGCGACCGCGAUUCACCGAACUCAAAACACAACUCAGCACCAUACUGGAGGAAGAGAAGCUUCAACAAGAGGAGAGACUUCGAAUGGAGAUAAGGAGACAAGUCACUGUGUCCUGGGACUCAGGAGGGUCUGAUGAAGCACCGCCUAAACCCAGUAGACCAGGUUAUCCCAGUCCACGUUCCAGUGAAGGCUUCUUCUCCGGCCCCCAGCUCAACCACUUCCUGCCGUCAGCACAUGGUGGUGUAGGAGGAGUAGGAGGCAGCUACCCUCCCACUGAUUCCUGGAAUCAACACAGACCUGAACACACUGCGCUGUGGAGCCCUAACAUGGAGGACAGUGGAUGUGUAGGCCACGCUCUGAUGGAGGAGAGGCUGAUGAUGCAGCAACAACAGAUGGAGGAUGACCAGCGGUGGCUCGAGCAGGAGGAGAGCUUCAUGAAGACAGAGUCCAGAAACAGCAGAGGAAGCAUCGACAGAGAGGACGGCACACUACAAGCACCGGGUGGAAGCCAACAUAUCUACCAGCCUGUAGGGAAACCAGAACAUGUGGCUCCUCCUAAGAAACCGCCCCGCCCCGGAGCUCCUGCUCACCUAGGCAACCUGGCCAGUCUCUGCCCCGUGGACAGCUACAACGAGGGGGUCAAGCCGUGGAGGUUGCAGCCUCAGGAGAUCAGUCCGCCCCCCACCGCCAACUUGGAUCGUUCCAACGACAAAGUGUAUGAGAAUGUGACAGGAUUGGUUAAAGCUGUGAUUGAAAUGUCCAAUAGGAUUCAGCCUGCAGCCCCAGAAGAGUAUGUCCCAAUGGUUAAGGAGGUGGGUCUGGCGCUGAGGACUCUGCUAGCGACAGUAGAUGAGACACUUCCUGUGCUGCCAGCCAGCACACACAGAGAGAUUGAGAUGGCCCAGAAGUUGUUGAAUUCAGAUCUGGCCGAGUUAAUAUCGAAGAUGAAACUGGCCCAACAGUAUGUCAUGACAAGUUUACAAAAGGACUACAAGAAACACAUGCUAAUGGCAGCGCACGCCCUCGCAGUCGACGCCAAGAACCUGCUGGAUGUCAUCGACCAAUCGCGACUCAAGAUGAUCCGGAUUUAAUCAAGUCAGAGGGGGCAGGGCCGGGAGUUUCGGUUGCUGUGCAGAUGGAGAGUGCAGUAGCUCUCAUCACAAAGAGAACAUUUAGAUGGAUAUCAGUUGUGAUGAAAAAAUGAACUAAUGGACAGCAGACAUGACCGACAAACAAUCAGCUCCCUCUCCUCCCUCAAACAUUCAUCGUUUCCGUUUUUUCUCUCUCUGGCAACGCUCCUGUUUUGAUCAAUAUUGUGUUGUUUUGUACUUUUGUUGCAUUAUUUGCUUUUUGUAUCCAGAGAAACGCCCUUCUCCCCCGAUCACCUCAAAGAUGAGUUUAAAAAAAUAAAAUAAAAUCAUCCAUUACUACUUUUUAAUCUUUAAGUGAAUCAAACAAAGGUUUCAGAGGCUCGCUUGAAGGACUGCAGAUAUAUUUUGGUGAAUGGACGCACCGAAAUCUGCCACACACACACACGACUAACACUCUCCACAUAUGCAGGAUGUAACAACUGGAACUGAAGAGCCAGGACGAGGAGGAUAAUGAAGAUGAUGUGAUAAUGUUGUUGUUUAAACAUGCUUUUAUAUCAUUAUUAAUUAUUAUUAUUAUUACUACUAUUUUCAGCCUUGACUCUUACAGUAUGUCAGUUUUUCAGUCUUCCGCUUGAAAAUUGUAUAGGCAAAAGUGAUUGAUUACAGCUCCUCAUAAAUGUCAUAUUUUCAUCUUUUUUUUCAUCUCUCUAGAUCUCUUUAUCUCAGGCAUCAAGAGGUGGCAUACAAAUGAAAUAUGAAAGUUGAAUUUUGAAGAACAAACUAAAUGUCACAGGCCACUUUUUUAAGUUAACUUACAUAGUAAAUAUACAAAGAAGCUAUAUUUUUACAAGUUCCUGAGGGAUGAAUUGUUAAUGAAUAAGGGAGAGGGAUGAAAAGGGGGGAAAGUGAAGGGAGAGAGGGGUGACAGGUGGAGGGAGCGUGGUUUUUGAGUUACAAUGGAGGUGCUAAUUAUACUGUACAGUAGGUCACCCUGUGCCAAAUGAACUGCAGUUGACUGAAAAGGAACAUUUCAAAAUUUCAAAAUGCUCUGACAUUAGUUUUCUCAAAAAUUCAAGGACAUUUUUUAGCAGCCACUUAUUUUUGCAUUAGUUUCUUUAAAAAAUGUAAAAUUCAUGUUAGUUACUUUAUCGCUUGCUUUGUAUAUCGAAGCCAAAUUGUGUUGUUGCAUCAGUUAUGUUGUGGAUUCCUUCUGUCCUAUUUGGUGUUCACUCAACAAGAUGCAGUGCAAGCUUUCGGUUACACGCUCUGUCAAAUUUCCUUCAGAUUGUUCUUGGGGUUUAUCAUUUAAAUUGUUCAUCACCAACAUGAUUUGCUCUUUCUCUCCUCCAUCAGUCCUCCCGUUUUCUUUCCCUGUCUUUCUACCUCCUUCCACUGGUUAUUUAUACCUUUAUUCCCUCUCUUCCUCUGCUCUUUCACCCCCACAUUUCUGCUUUUUUUUCUCCCCGUUACCAUCCCUCCCUUCAGCCUCGUCUUCCUCUGCUCCCUCUCUGAUUCUCUCUCCAUUCCACUGUUCCCUCUCCCGAGGUGAGCAGUAUUCUCAGGAAGGAGUCACAUGUACAGUUGCUAAACCAAGCAAAUAAAACACUGUUAUCAUUAAGAAAUAA